AUGGGAGUUUUUAGUCGAAUAUUAUUAUUAAUAAGUCUUUUCAUGUUAUUUCAUGGCGGAUAUUCUGCACAUGAAAUUGUAUCAUUAAUGAAACCAAUUAAUCAAGAGGAAAUAAAGAUUCCAACAGAUAUCAUUAUUGAAGUAAUUUUGUCAUUAAUUAUAUUUUGUAUUGAAAGAGUACUUUAUGCUGGAGAAUUGCAGCCAAUAAAUUAUUCUGAAUAUGUGGAUAUGCAACACAAGUCAGACGAUGUAAUACAUAGUGUUUUAACUUAUAGACCUGGUUUCCUAGAUAUUCGUCAAAAAAGAAGACUUUACAAACAAUCAAAAAUAAAGCCACAAUGA